CUUGUUAAGUUCAAAAUGAAGUCACACCAAAAACCGAUUCAGGGAACUUCCAAAUGCGGCCUUGGGUAUUCCAUGAGCAAUAUUAUUUUCUUCUCACUGCAAUUCCUGCCUAUUUGCAGAGAUGUCAUCAUCGGUGCUAGUAGCAAUGACGGAACUCUUCUGGUUGAUGGCCUUGGUGAUGGAGUAUUCUUAGAAGCCCUUGGGCAAGAUUUCAAUUUUCUAAGAAACACAUCCUUCAAUUUACUCCAAGGCUGCAGAAUGAGAAACACAAAAACGGAGUAUAUCUCGUGCCCAUCCUGUGGACGGACUCUGUUCGACCUCCAAGAGAUAAGUGCCGAGAUAAGAGAGAAGACGGCUCACUUGCCUGUUGUUUCAAUUGCAAUCAUGGGUUGCAUUGUAAAUGGGCCAGGAGAGAUGGCAGAUGCAGAUUUUGGGUAUGAGAAAAAGGCGAAAAUUUUACAGGCGCUUGAGUCGUUUUUCAAGUUACCUGCAUCCAAACAGGCCCUUACCCAAUUCGAUGCAGACAGAGACGGCACUACAGCAGCUGGUGGGCUCGGAUCAUUCGUUCGUUCGGGCGGGACAGUGACGGACGGCGGGACAGUACGGGCGUCGGGCACUGAAGAAGAAGAGGAGACUGGAGAGGGUGAAGAUCGGGUAAGGUAA